CUCUGUCAAAGUUUCGGGCCUGUCUGGCGACGGGUUGGGGGAAGCACCGGCCAAUCUAAGGGAAUCCAGACAACUGAGAAUUUUCUCCGAGCAGUCGCGCCCAGCGGAGACGCGUCGGCUUCAGCUGGAGUAACUAUGACCUGGACUACAAGCUGUACAGGGAAGAUGUCCCCUACAGGUCGUAGGGUGUAUGAAUACCAAAGGAUCCCUCCACUCAUCAGUCACGUGCCUGUCAAGAUCCGGAGGACCCAGGUGGGCUUGGGGGUCAAGAGCAGCUUCAGUCCCCACAAGGGUGCCAGGAAGAGCCACCUGCCCAGAGAGCAAAUAAAGCUCCAGACUGAGGAGCUGCACUCCAUCAGGGGGGAGCUAAGCCAGAUCAAAGCCCAGGUAGACCGUCUCCUGGAGAAUCUGGAGAACAUGGACCAGCAGAGGGACCAGCUUCCAGGUGGAACACCUCCAACUGGGGGCCCAGGCCACACUCCCAGGUUGGAGGACAGUGAAGAAACCAGGGGUCCAGGCAGUAAGGGUUCCUCAUGCAGAAUCACUGAACUCCAGCAGGAGCCCAGGGGCCAGAGGGCCCAUCCCGAAGCAGACAGCUCUGAGGACAGCACAGACCCAGAGGAGGCAGGAAAGAAUCAUGCAUCGGAUCCGGAGGGCAGCCAGUAGAAGGGUGGAACCCCUCCAGGCUCCUUACCAGGUGGCUCCCUUCCUUGCCUCAUGUAGGUUUCUGAAGGCCUCCCGGAAGUGACUGUGUAACCAGAGGCACCCAUUCUGGAAUGAGUGCAGUGAAAGUGGAGGCAAGGCUCAGCCAGACCAGCCAGGAAGCCUCCCCAUAACAGUGGCUUUUUCUUCGGAGGUAGUUUCCAGAUGAUAGGGGCUGAGAGGGAGGCCUGCAGCUGCCUGGCACAACCUCACCAUCCUCAUGAAGCUGAGGCCAUGUGGCAAGGGUGGCUGCCCAGGCCGCCCUUGGGCGCACGUCAGCCCCCAGUGACUGCAGGUACCGCUCUGGCUGCUCGUCCCUUUCUCCCCCCCAAACCUCCUCUGCAGGCCCUGCCGGUUCGAGUGUGGAGCGUCCUGCAGUGGCCAGCCUGGCUUUCUCCAGCCACAGUGCUGCCCAGGAAACACUCAUGUGCCUACAGUCCCCCUUCCAGUCUGAAACUGAGCUUUAAGCUCCUCGGUAAGCCCCCACAUAACCCCCUUUUGGUUCCAGACUCCCCAUCCACCCUAUAAAACCAUCCUU